AUGCAACGGCACAAGACGCCUCUAAAGGUGCCAUUGCGCCAGGAGCGGUUGCUUGUCACACUUUCCGACCGCGAAAGUCCUACUGCGGCGCGAACGGUGCCUCGCAGCUCGUCGCGUUGCGUGCCUCACGUGCGUGUCAAGUCCCCUCCCGUCGCCAGCGGCCCGGUGACGUCCUCACUCUCGCUCUUGGACGAAGCUGUGUGGGCAGAGGUGGAGCACCUCAGCGCAGCCACCAGCCGCCUGCGUCAGAGAGUUGCUGAAGUGAAGCAAGAGUUAGUUAACGAGGGUGCUACUGCCAGUAAACACGCAGCAGCUACGCCUGGGGGUCAAAAGAAGCCGAAGCAAGAAGAAAGUGAGGAUUCACCGUGCAUCGUCUCAUUCACCCCGGGUCGCCCCCAUGCGAAGGGUGCAGACGCACGGCUGCGAUUCACUACGCCACGAACGACCCAUUCGAGUGUCAAUGAAGACAGCGUACUGACGUCUCUGAUGUUAUUUCAGUACACACCUCACUCAGAGGGAAAACAGGAAGGUAAUAUUCAAGUGGUGGAAAGGCGUCUUAUCGAAAAGGAAAGCCAUGACGAAUCAUAUGAAGGGGGUGCAUCUAUUCCUCUCUGCAAUGAUAUGACGGAGAAGGAGCCUAUUGUUGUGGAGCAGCUCAAGGAAGCCGAGUUUAGCGCCGCAGCACCGGUAGAGACCGAGACUGCGGUGACUACGAGUGAUGUGCCACCCCCUGGCGUCGCCAAGGAGACACUGCUGCAGGCGCGCGUGCUCUCCGUGGAGCAAAACCUGACCCACCAGGUCUCAGAUCUCCUUGCACUGCAACGCGAUGCUCUUGACGCGAAAAAACGAGGCGUAGUGAAUCCUGGUGAUGUGUCCUUUCGCGAGUUGCGGCUAGGUAUCCGAGAAGAGCUGAAUGCGUGCGGUGUUCGCAUGUCGAGUGUAGCGCUUCUGCGUCGUUUGCUGCCUGUUGAUGAGUUGGAAGUUGGAAGAUGA